AUGACUUCAAUAACUACCACGAACACAACCCCACCCGCCCCGCAGUCCUCCGCGUUACCCCCAACACACCCCUUCAACACCUCAGCCAACGCAACAACACUCGCCGACCACACCAACCAACUCCCCAUCCUAUCCGGAAAAGUAACACCUCAACGAAAACCCCUCCUACGCCUUGAACUCCGUGACCUAUCCUCCGAUGGCGCACGCGCCUUCCUCCGCCUCAUCCACGCGUCCAACGCGCUCGAAUACGCCGUCGACGCUGUCCUCAGCUGUCUCUACAGUGACCUGCCCAUAUCAUGUAUACCUGGCACGCGCUCCGUCACCCUGAUCUUGCGGGAGAUGGACGGCGUUGCAUACACUACGGGACGAGAUCUCGAUGACGACCACAAGGAGAUACAUCUAAACACAAGCUACAUAUCACAUGUACCUGAGUCGCGGCAGAAAGAGGAGAUCAUGGGUGUUAUAGUUCAUGAAAUGGUACAUUGCUGGCAACACAAUGGACAAGGCGCUGCACCUGUGGGCCUCACGGAGGGCGUGGCGGAUUGGGUGAGGCUGAAGGCUGGGUAUGCGCCGCCGCAUUGGAAGAGGCAUGGAGAUUGUGAUUGGGACGCUGGGUAUGAGAGGACAGGAUAUUUCCUCGAGUGGUUAGAGAAGGAGCAUGGGAAGGACGUUGUGAGGAGGAUCAAUGAGGGAUUGAGAGAGGAGAAGUACAAUGGCGAGAAGUUGUGGAAGGGGUGCUGUGGGGAGAGUGUUGAAGAGUUGUGGAAGGCGUAUAAGAAGAGUUUGGAAAGCUGCGAGUAA